UCAGUUCUCAGCGCAUUGUUGCUGAACAAUUAGCUGCUGCCGUGUUCUGUUAUUUCCAAAAAAAGAAAUAACAGACCUUCUCUUCUCACCAUGGCGACAACUUCCGAUGCUAUGGCCGUUAAGUCUCUCAACAAGAGCUCCGGCCGCCGCCGCUUUGUUUUCAAGAAUUUUUCGCAGCGAAUUCAGGACAUUGAUAUUGAUGUAUACCGGAGUCUUGAUCCUCUAAAAACUGAGCCUUCAGAAGGGUCCUCAUUUUUUCGUGACUGUCUUGUGCAAUACAGAGAAUUAAAUACAGCUGAGGAUUUUAUCUCGUUUUAUGAACAAAUGUUGCCCUUGGUACAAACUCUACCUCAAAUUGUACUUCAGAAGGAAUUGAUACUCUCAGAACUUCUAUCUAGAUUGAACAUGAAGGGAAGACUAUCUCUUGAGCCCAUUUUAAGGUUGAUUACAGCAUUAUCUAGAGAUCUGGUGGAUGACUUUUUACCCUUUCUUCCGAGAGUUGCUGAUUCUUUGGUGGUUCUUCUAAAAAAUGGUGCUGAUAGAGAACCAGAAAUAAUUGAGCAGAUUUUUACAUCAUGGUCAUACAUUAUGAUGUACCUACAGAAAUACCUUACCAAAGACGUAGUUUAUGUUCUAAGGGUUACUGUCAAAUUGAGAUACUUCCCCAAAGACUAUGUGCAAGAAUUCAUGGCGGAGUCAGUAUCAUUCUUAUUGAGGAAUGCAUCUGUCAAGCAACUUAAAAAAGGAAUUCAAAACUUAAUGAUUGAAGUUGUGAAGAAACCAUCAUUGACAAGAAAGUCUGGAAUCAGUUCCUUACUGUGGUAUGCCAUGAGGGGAACAUCAUCGAGGUUUCAUUCAAGGGCAGAUCAAGUAUUGCGCCUUCUGCUUGAUAACUCCCUAUAUAGCAUCGACGAUCAUUUUAAUGGAGGUCCAGAAACUGUUCUUGAAGUUGUCAUUGGUGCUUUUCAGAGAUUGUGUGAGGAAUUGGAUGCUAAGCAGCUGGACUUGAUGUGGGAUUGCUUAUUUAAGGAGAUAACUAAUAGUGUUGCUAAUGGUCAUUCUAUGCAUCUUUGCCGACUUUUAUCGCUGCUCAUUUCUACUGUGCAAAAGGAAUAUGUGGAGAAAAUCUCUGAUUACCAACCAAUGCUAGAAGUGAUUAGUUUGCUUGUACAAACUUACAUUGUGCCAUCAUCCACCUUGGAGGCACUGAACCCAACAUCAGAGCUUGUUGAUAAAAUUUUGUCAUUGAUGCUUUGUGUUGUUGAUGGUCUCCACAAAACUAAUAACUUAUCAGCUCUCUCCUGUACUUCGUUGCAGUGGGCUCCUGUGUUUGACUCGAGGAAUAAAAGUUUGGCUACAUUUGUCAAAGAUUUUGUAUCAAAGGACCCCUCUAUUCUCUAUUUUUUCAGAGCUAACAUUAUUAGUGCCUUAAAUGAUUUACUAGAGAUUCCAGAGGAUGAGAUUAUAUAUUUGCUGCACAUUUUUUGUGAGAGGCUACAAGUACAACAACAGAAUUUCUUAGAUGGAAUACCCAAUGAGAAAAUUUUGAGAAUUUGCAGUUUCCUUGAUAAAGCUAUAAAUUUUUGGAUUCAGCUAAUCAAAGAUGCAGUGAACAAGGAUUUUUCCUCUGCUGAACUUACAGAGGAUAGGUUGGCAGUCCUAUGGGGAACUAUUGGCUGCUAUCCAUACAUGAUUGAUGCCAAACGAAAUCCUUCACUGCUUAUGGACUUAAUAUAUGCUAUAGAUGAGCUUUUAACGGUGAAAUUGGAUUUAUGUAGAAAAACUUGGCAGUGCUUGAUUGGUGCCACUUUGGGUUCUUUUCUUAAAAUUCUGGACAAUCAAAAUGCUGCUUUUCUGGAGUCUGAAGUGAGUAAGCUUUUAGAUCUUGCAAGAAGGCACAGAAUGUGCUCUCAGAUAUUAUCUGCAGUGGCUGAUAUUUUGGAUUCUAUUUAUGGAAAACAAGCCAAUACUCCUAUUAAACGAUAUCAUCCAGAGCUUGCUGCAAGUAAAGUGGUGGGUGCCCUGGAUAUAUUCUCUGAAAAUUUGUGCAACUGUGACAAGGAAAUCCGCCUAUCGACUUUAAGAAUCUUGUGCCAUUAUGAACCUUUAUGUGAUGGAUAUUCUACAAACGGACAUGCUGAGAAAAAAAGAAGAAUUGAUGAUUCCCAGAUAUGUGCUGUAGAUGACCAGCAGAAUAAUGUUGUUCAGCUCCUCCUGUCAGUUGAAGAAAUGCCUCUUUCAAUUGCCACCAGCAGAAAAGUUAUUCUGCUUAUCUCUAAAAUUCAUAUGAGUCUAUCUGCUGCAAGGAUAGACGAACGGUAUAUACCUGUGGCUUUGAAUGGUGUAAUAGGGAUCUUCCACAACAGAUUUAGCCAUUUAUGGGGUCCAGCUUCGGACUGCACUUCUGUCCUACUUGGCCAAUACUUUGGGAUACUUUGGGACAUAUUUGUGAAGUACCUUGAUUACUGCCUCUCUAUCGUUUUGGGUCAUGAUGAUCAAGCUUAUAAGAGCAAUACCGAGUCAUUUGGCAAGGAUGAUGCUGAUCUGAUCGGGCUGUUCUGCUCUUAUCGUUGUUCAAUGUCAGAUAGCACUCCAUCUGCAACAGUUUUAUCUUUAUUGAUUCAAUCUUUACAGAGAGUUCCAUCUGUUGUUGAAUCUCGUUCUCGGCAAAUAAUACCUUUAUUCUUGAAAUUUCUAGGGUACAAUGUUGAUGAUCUUGUGAGUGUUGAAUCAUAUAAUAUACUGAAUUGCAAAGGGAAGGAGUGGAAGGAGGUUCUUAAGGAAUGGCUAAACUUAUUCAAAUUAAUGAAAAAUCCCAAGGCAUUUUACCAGAGUCAAUUUUUCAAAGACGUCUUACAAUAUAGGCUUCUUGAUGAAAAUGAUGCUGAGUUGCAGAUGAAAGUUCUUGAUUGCCUGAUGAAUUGGAAAGAUACCUUUUUGCUCCCUUACGAUCAGCAUCUAAAAAAUCUGAUCAGUGCAAAGAAUUUGAGAGAGGAGCUCACAACUUGGAGCUUGUCAAGGGAUUCGAAUCUCAUUGAUGCACAUCAUAGACAUUUUCUUGUGCCUACUGUCAUCCGCAUACUGGCUCCAAAAGUGAGGAAGUUAAAAUCUCUUGCCUCAAGGAAGCAUGCAAGUGUAAGUCAUCGGAAGGCAAUUCUUUGCUUUUUAGCUCAGCUUGAUGUGGAAGAGCUGCCACUCUUCUUUUCCCUAUUAGUAAAGCCUCUUGUAAGAAGAGAUGCAGGUUUUGAUGCAAACGUUGAGUCACUCUGGACUAAUCCUCAAGCCUUAAAUGAUGAAUAUAAUUCAUUUACAGUCUUUAAGCAUUUUACUACAAAUAUCAUCAGCAACAUUUCCUGGAAGAAGAGAUACAGCUUCCUGCACGUUAUUGAAGAUACUGUAGCUGUUUUUGAUGAAGCACAUAUUAGCCCGUUUCUUAAUCUGUUAAUGGAAUGCAUUUCAUAUUUGUUGGAAAGCUGUGCAUUGACUCUUGGCAACACAGAUAGUAGUCUGAUUCUUGCUAAUUGUAGCAAUGCCACUGAGAGCGAAACUGAGACACAAACAGCUAUGAAGCAGUCGAAGGAGUUGAGAUCUUUGUGCUUGAGGAUCAUUUCAUUUAUUCUUAAUAAAUAUGAAAAUCAUGAUUUUAGUUCCAAAUUUUGGGAUUCCUUUUUUAAGUCUGUGAAACCAUUAAUUUCUGGUUUCAAGCAGGAAGGUGCCAGUAGUGAGAAACCAAGCUCAUUAUUUUCUUGCUUUCUUGCAAUGAGUAGAAGCUACAAACUUGUACCAUUGUUGUAUAGAGAGAAGAACCUUGUUCCUGAUAUUUUUUCUAUGUUAGCCAUCACAACAGCAUCCAAAGCUAUUGUUUGUAGUGUUCUUAAGUUCAUUGAGAACCUUUUGACUCUGAAUAAUGAACAGUCUGGUGAAGAUGACCCUAUAAAGAUGUUACUGCUUCCUCAUCUUGAUGUUCUUGUGUCCAGUUUGCAUAAUCUUUUUGUGAAUGAUGGGCCAAUAAAAAGGAAACUCGCCAAAUAUCCUGGAGAGAAUGAGCUGAAUGUUUUUAAGCUGUUAUCCGUUUAUGUAGAGGAACCUUUAGCUGCAAGGAAAUUUGUUGAUGUUUUGCUUCCACUUUUAUCAAAGAAAUCUCAUGCUUGUGAUAUUUGUGUGGACACACUCCAGAUCAUCAAGAAUAUAUCAAGACCUUUAGGGAAUGAAAGCAUUAAAAAGAUUCUCAAAUCGAUAUCUCCACUUCUCAUUUCUGGUGAUCUUGAUGUCCGGGGUUCUGUUUGUGAUGUUCUUGAUGCUCUUGCCAGAAAUGAUUCAUCAUUACUUAAUUUGGCAAAACUUCUUCGUGAACUGAAUGCAACCUCUGCUUCAGAUAUGGGUGAUCUUGAUUAUGAUACUAUUAUUUCUGCUUAUGGAAAGUUGAAUGUAGAUUUCUUCCACAAUGUUGAAGAAGAACAUGCAUUAAUUAUUUUGUCAAAUUCUAUACGUGACUUGUCAUCUGAGGAUUUGAUUCUCAGGCAGAGUGCAUUUAGAUUGUUGUCAUCAUUUGUUGAAUAUUCUGGUCAAAUUCUUGAACAAGAAAUGCAACCUGAGCGAGGGUGUUCUGGAUCAUGGGUUAUGUACAUAAUAAACAACUUUCUCUUAAAGCACAUGGGAAAUGCAAUGAACAAAGAAGGCGCAGCUCAAAAGCUAUGGAUUGGUCUACUGCGUGAAAUGGUUUUGAAGCUUCACAAGAUGGUGGAAUUCAAAACAUAUACUGUUCUCUGCAGUGAAGAUCCAGAACAGGAUUUUUUUAACAACGUUGUUCACUUACAGAGGCACAGAAGGGCAAGGGCUCUAUCACGUUUUGGCAAUGUUGUUGCUUCUGGGAGUUUCUCUGAGCGUGUUAUGAAUAGAGUUUUUGUGCCACUCCUUUUCAAUAUGCUAUUAGAUUUACAAAAUGGGAAGGGAGAAAAUAUUAGAAAUGCAUGUAUAGAAGCUCUUGCAUCAAUAUCUAAAUGGAUGGACUGGAAUGCAUACUAUGGAUUACUUGUCAGAUGUUUCCGUGAGAUGACUCUGAAACAAGACAAACAAAAAGUGUUAAUGCGGCUUAUCUGCACCAUUCUAGACCAAUUCCAUUUUUCAGAAGCCAAUUUUGUUCAUGAAAUUGAAGGUUCUAUGGAGCAUAUGUCAGAUCCAGACACUAGUAAAAAAAUAUCUGCAGUGUCAAACUCCUUUACUAGCAAUGGUGACCUGUCUAAGAUUCAGAUUUGUCUCAAGAAAGACGUGCUUCCUAAGGUACAGAAAUUUUUGAUGUCUGAUUCUGAAAAUGUCAAUGUAACUAUCAGUUUAGUUGCCCUCAAGGUGCUGAAGUUACUUCCUGGUGACAUCAUGGAAUUGCAACUUCCAAGCAUUAUACAUCGUAUUUCUAACUUCCUUAAGAAUCGUUUAGAAAGUGUCCGAGAUGAAGCUAGAUCUGCCUUGGCAGCUUGCUUAAAAGAGCUUGGAUUGGAAUACUUGCAAUUUAUCAUCAAAGUCUUGCGAGGCACUUUGAAAAGAGGAUUUGAAUUGCAUGUUCUGGGAUACACAUUGAAUUUUAUAUUGACAAAAUUUCUUCAAAAUCCCUCUAGUCUAAAUUUGGAUUAUUGUCUAGAAGAUCUUCUUUCUGUUGCUGAAAGUGAUAUACUUGGCGAUGUGUCAGAAGAGAAAGAGGUAGAGAAGAUUGCUUCAAAAAUGAAGGAGACUAAAAAGCAGAAGUCCUAUGAGACCCUCAAGUUGAUUGCCCAAAACAUCACAUUCAAAACCCAUGCCUUGAAGCUUCUUUUGCCUGUUACUGUGCAUCUACUGAAGCAGCUGACUCCAAAAGUGAAAACAAAAUUGGAGAACAUGUUGAAUCAUAUAUCUUCUGGUAUACAAUGCAAUCCAUCUGUGAAUCAGAAAGAGCUCUUUGUGUUUGCAUAUGGUCUCAUCAAGGAUGGCUUAAAGGAUGCACAUUUUGGCCAUGAAGACACACUCAUCUCAGAUGAAGGCAAAAAAAAUAAAGAUGAAGUGAGCGCUGAAAACACUAAUUCAAAUAGAUUGAUCAGUGUUGAUCGGCGAUAUUCUUAUCUGAUUACAGAAUUUGCCGUUGGGAUACUGCAGAACUACCUAAGGAACAUGGAGCUAGACAAAGGGGAUGAGAAGUUGUUAUCAAUGUUAGACCCUUUUGUCAGGCUAUUAGGUGAUUGUUUGAGUUCAAAAUAUGAAAAUAUCAUAUUUGCAGCUCUAAAAUGCCUAUAUUCAAUAGUCAGGCUGCCUUUGCCAACCCUUGAAAAUGAAGCUAACCGGAUAAAGAAUUCACUGUUGGAUAUUGCCCAAGGUUCAGUAAAUUCCAGUACUCCAUUGAUGGAAUCAUGUAUUAAAUUGUUAACAGUGCUUCUGCAAAAUACCAAGAUGACACUUUCUGAAGCACAGCUUCAAUCACUUAUCCAAUUCCCAUUUUUUGUUGAUCUUGAAAGAAAUCCCUCAUUUGUGGCUCUCUCUCUGCUGAAAGCUAUAAUAAAGAAAAAGUUGGUGGCUCCUGAAAUCUAUGAUGUCGUCAAAGGUGUUGCAGAGUUGAUGGUGACCAGUCAAGUUGAAUCAAUUCGCAGGAAAUGCAGUAAGAUUUUUCUACAGUUCUUAGAUUGCUAUCCAAUUUCGGUGAAACGCUUUCAGCAACAUCUUGAUUCCUUACUUGCAAACCUGAGAUAUGAACAUUCAACUGGUAGAGAAGCUGUUCUUGAAAUGCUUCGUGCUAUCAUAGUGAAAAUUCCAGACAGAAUACAAGAGCAGUCUCAGACUAUUUUUAUGCAUUUGGUAAUAUGCUUGGCUAAUGACCAAGAUAACAAAGUCAGGUCUAUGGCUGGUGUUGCCAUAAAGCUACUUGCAGAGAACAUGAAGAAAUUUGGGUCACUUGCGUCUAUUAUUGAAUAUAGUUUUUCUUGGUAUAGGGGUGAGAAACAACAUUUAUGGAGUUCUGCAGCACAGGUUUUGGGAUUAUUGGUGGAAGUGAUGGGUAACAGUUUUCAGGAGUAUGUUGCUGAUGUUUUAUCUGUUACGAAAAAAAUCUUGCAAUCUGCUUGCGCUGCUCUUGCGAAUAGACAACUGGGCUUAUCUGAUGAAGUAGUUCCCCUCUGGAAGGAAGUAUACUAUUCAUUGGUUCUAUUAGAGAAGAUUCAUAAUCAAUUUACUGCAUUGUGCUUCACAAAGGAGCUUGAGGAUUUGUGGGAAACAAUCUGUGAUUUCCUCUUAUAUCCACACAUGUGGGUGCGCAGCAUAUCGGUCCGCCUUAUAGAUUUGUACUUUGCCAGAGUGACCAAGGCUUGCAAUGAAAACCAGGCGGUGCUGGGGUCAUUCUUCUUAAUGGAGCCAAGUAGACUGUUCCAAAUUGCCGUUUCUCUCAUUUGCCAACUGAACGUACAGCUGGUCAAAGAUGCUGACGAGGCCCUAAUCACAAAAAACCUUGUGUUUGCAAUUUGCGGUAUACAGGCAUUACUAGUACAUGGUAGUGGUCAUUCUGCCUUUGGCCCUGAGGAGCAAAGCCGCUUCCUCAAAGCUUUUAAUUUACUUGAUCCAAAGAAGGGAAGAAGCAUCUUUACAGCUUUCAGCUCUUAUUAUAGUGCUCAGGGCAUUGAACAGCAAACCGAGGACCAAGGCUCUAUGAUCGUCUCCUGUCUGCUUAAGAGAAUGGGGAAGAUUCCUAUUCAGAUGGAGGCACUGCAGACAAGAAUCGUCUUCAACUGUUUCAAAUCAAUUUCUAUCAAACUUCUUGACCAAUCAAGAGUAUUAUCGUCUGAAGAUGAGGUUGACAGCCAGAGCUAUGCUUAUCAAAUCCUGCUGCCUCUAUACAAAGUUUGUGAAGGACAAGCUGGGAAAGUAAUUUCAGAUGAUGUGAAGCAAUUAGCACAGGAAGUUUGUGAAAGCAUAAGAGAUGUGUUGGGUAUGCAGAGUUUUGUUCAAGUUUACAGCCAAAUAAGGAAAAAGCUGAAAGCAAAGAGAGAUAAAAGGAAACAGGAAGAAAAGCUUAUGGCUGUUGUAAAUCCAAUGCGAAAUGCCAAGAGGAAGAUAAGAAUUGCAGCCAAGCAUAAAGCUAAUAAGAAGAGGAAAAUAAUGUCAAUGAAGAUGACGAGAUGGAUGCAAUAGACUAGACUAGACUAGAGUCUAGCCGCCAUUUUUGUUGUAUAUCAACUCUAACACUAAUGCUUUUAUAUAUGUAUCUCACGAUCAAAUUUUAUUUUUAUUUCUAUCCAU